GGGUGAUGAAUACAAAUAAACAAAACAAUGCAAACCAACGGGAAAUAAAAUACAGCGGAAGCGGCUGUUCACAUAAUGACAUUUUAGCCACUCGUCGCCAACAUCUGAAGGACGUUAUCCUGCGGAGCGAGUCGUACGGCGCGCACUAGCUGACGCACGGCGGAUGAAUAUUAACGCAGGCGGGACUAUGUUCGAGCGAGGCUGAAUGGAGGCAGCCUCUUCCUGGUGGAUAAACAGUGACAGCUACAGGGCAGCCACCUAGACCCAGCACACAAGCUCUGGCGCUGCCCUGGCAAACAACACCCAAAAUGGCUUCAGACAGUACACACAUCGCGCAGUUGACUUCUGAACUGUACUUCCUAAUAGCCCGGUUUCUAGAGGCUGGACCGUGCCAGAAAGCCGCCGAGACCCUGAUAAGGGAGGUGGAGGAGAAGGAGCUGCUACCCAGAAGGCUGGACUGGACGGGGCAGGAGCACCCCGGGACCUACAGAAAUUUGGUGAAGCUGUACAGACACGUCGCUCCAGACCACCUGCUGCAGGUUUGCUCCAGAGUAUGUCCGCUGCUGGAGAGGGAGGUCCCCGCCAGCGUGCCGGGACUCACCAGCCUGCUGGGGGCCGGCAGGCAGAACCUCCUGCGCACCAGCAACAGCUGCAAACAUGUUGUGUGGAAAGGUUCAGCGUUGGCAGCACUACACUGUGGAAGACCCCCGGAGCCACCUAUUAUUUAUGGGAGUCCACCCAAUAUUGUGGAGACAAGCUACAGCCGUCGACUGAACGGCUCCUACCGCCUCCGUCAGCUGGUGCCCACAGCCGUCUACCAACACAUGAAGAUGCACAAGAGGAUUCUGGGGCACCUGUCGUCGGUGUACUGCGUAACCUUCGACCGGACGGGCCGCCGCAUCUUCACAGGCUCAGACGACUGCCUGGUGAAGAUCUGGGGAACCGACGACGGCCGUCUGCUGGCAACCCUGCGCGGUCACGCUGCUGAGAUCUCCGACAUGGCCGUGAGCUACGAGAACACCAUGAUCGCUGCCGGGUCCUGCGACAAGACCAUCAGAGUGUGGUGCUUACAAACCUGCGCACCUUUGGCCGUCCUGGAGGGGCACGCGGCCUCCAUCACCUCCCUACAGUUUUCGCCUCUCUGUAGCGGCUCGAAGCGCUACCUGUCCUCCACCGGAGCUGACGGAACCAUCUGUUUCUGGCAGUGGGAUGCUCGCACGCUCAAAUUUGGCCAGAGACCCAGUAAAUUUACGGAGCGCUCCAGACCUGGCGUCCAGAUGAUCUGCUCCUCCUUCAGCGCAGGCGGGAUGUUCCUCGCAACAGGAAGCACCGAUCACAUCAUUAGGGUGUACUACUUUGGAUCGGGUCAACCAGAGAAGAUCUCUGAGCUGGAGUCCCACACAGAUAAAGUUGACAGCAUCCAGUUCUCCCACUGCAGUGACAGGUUUGUGAGUGGCAGUAGGGAUGGUACGGCUCGGAUCUGGCAGCUGCAGCCUCAGGGCUGGAAGAGCAUUCUGCUGGAUAUGCAGACCAAACUGCCUGGGAAAUACAACCCUCCUCCACUGGAAGACAAGGUCACUAAGCUUAAGGUUACCAUGGUGGCAUGGGAUCGCCAUGACAGCACUGUGAUCACAGCCGCCAAUAAUCUGACGCUGAAGGUGUGGAACUCCAUCACCGGGAAUCUGGUCCAUGUCCUGAUGGGUCAUGAGGAUGAGGUGUUUGUCCUUGAGCCUCAUCCGUUUGAUCCGAGGAUCCUUUUCUCGGCCGGUCACGACGGGAACUGCAUCGUUUGGGAUCUGGCGAGAGGAGUCAAGAUCCGCUCUUAUUUCAACAUGAUUGAAGGCCAGGGACACGGAGCAUUGUUUGACUGCAAAUGUAGUCCUGACGGGCAGCACUUCGCCGCCACCGACUCCCACGGUCACCUGCUCAUCUUCGGCUUUGGCUCCAGCGGCAAAUACGACAAGAUUGCCGACCAGAUGUUUUUCCACACCGAUUACCGGCCUCUGAUCCGGGACGCCAACAACUACGUCCUGGACGAGCAGACCCAGCAGGCGCCGCACCUGAUGCCCCCGCCCUUCCUGGUGGACGUGGACGGGAACCCCCACCCGCCCAGGUACCAGCGGCUGGUGCCGGGCCGGGAGGGCUGCCGGGACGAGCAGCUCAUCCCUCAGAUGGGGGUCACUUCCUCCGGCUUGAACCAAGUGGUGAGCGAGCAGGCGGUGGACGGGUCCAGUCCACUGGACACCAUGAUCCAGAGGUUGCAGCAGGAGCAGGACCAAAGGAUGGGAGCCAACGACGUCUCCGCCGCCGCCGGAGGGUCUGGAGCGAACGCCAGGACCAGCAGAGGUUCUGUUGGUUCUCCCACUGAGGUCCACUCCCCUCCCAACGUCGGUCUCCGGCGCAGCGGCCAGAUCGAGGGCGUCCGCCAGAUGCACAGCAACGCCCCCCGCAGCCAGAUGGCCACGGAGGGCGACCUGGUGGCCUGGAGCCGCCGGGUGCUGGUCCCUGAGCUGGAGGACGCCUCCGUCAGGAAACAAGUGACGUGGCGCGAGGCUAAAGGAGACGAGGAGAUCAAUAUUUAUCAGUCGGAAAGGAGGAGACGCACAAUCCACUCGCUCCCCAAGGAGAGCAGGGUUCACCCGACGUCAGAGUGCGCGGUAGACGAGGGCAGGAAGAGUCAGGGUAACCACGGCUACCACACUCGCGCCGCCAUGGAGGAGACGAGCCGGCAGAGCGCAGAGGCUGCUGACGACGACGACAGUGCCUCAGAGGCAGAGGUGGAGGUACGGCAAAUCAACGGAUACUCCUCAGAGGAAGAAAAGAACGAAGAGGAGAAGGAGCCGUGGCCAGACGAGCACAGCAGCUCCAGCGAUUACUCCAGCGACUACUCUGACUGGACAGCAGACGCCGGCAUCAACCUGGAGCCGCCCAAGAAGAGCGUGAAAGUGAAGAAGAAAAACAGCGGCUCCGAGGAGGAAUGCGACAAGAAAAGGGAGGGGAAGAAGGAGAAGAAGAAAGAGAAAGCAGACAAAGAUGGUGCAUUACCAAAGAAGACGAAACCAAAGGAGAAGAGGAAGAGGAAUGAAUUUCAGGAGCAAGGGCUGACCUUGGAGGAAUGGCUUCCCUCCGCCUGGAUCACAGACACGGUUCCCCGCAGAUGUCCUUACAUUCCUCAGAUGGGAGACGAGGUGUACUACUUCCAGCAGGGUCAUGAAGCGUACGUCGAAAUGGCCAAACAAAAGAAGAUUUUCAGCAUCAACCCUAAGAAACAGCCCUGGCACAAGAUGGAGCUGCGGGAGCAGGAAUUGAUGAAGAUAGUUGGCAUCAAAUAUGAGGUGGGUCUGCCCACACUCUGCUGCUUGAAGCUGGCCUUUCUGGACCCUGACACAGGGAAGCUGACAGGAGGCUCCUUCUCCAUGAAGUACCAUGACAUGCCAGACGUUAUUGACUUCCUGGUGUUGCGGCAGCAGUUCGACAACGCCAGGAGGAGGCAGUGGACUAUAGGCGACAGGUUUCGGUCAGUGAUCGACGACGCCUGGUGGUUCGGGACCAUUGAGAGUCAGGAGCCCUACCAGCUCCAGUAUCCCGACAGCUUGUUCCAGUGCUACAACGUCUGCUGGGAUAACGGUGACACAGAGAAGAUGAGCCCGUGGGACAUGGAGCCCAUCCCCGACGACGCCACGUUUCCCGAUGAGCUGGGAACGAGCGUCCCGCUGACAGAAGACGAGCAGAAAGACCUGCUGUACGUCCCGCAGGAUGGUGAAUGGAACUGCCGCACGCGGGCCGAGGAGUGCGAACGCAUCAUCAAAGCCAUCGACCAACUCUGCACGCUUGACGUGGCGGCACCGUUUGCCUUCCCGGUAGACCUACAGGCGUACCCGACGUACUGCACGGUCGUGGCCUAUGUCACCGAUCUCAGCACCAUACGUGAAAGGCUGGUGAACCGCUUCUACAGACGCCUUUCCUCUUUAAUGUGGGAGGUUCGCUACAUAGAACACAACGCCCAGACGUUCAACGAGCCGGGAUCGUUCAUCGUCACGACCGCCAAGUUCGUCUCCGACCUCAUGCUGGCGUUCAUUAAGGACCAAAGUCUCACAGAUCUCAAGCCUCUGUACAAGACCAUGAAGAAGGCCACCUUCUCUGACUCUGAAGAUGAGGAUGAGGAGGAUGAUGAUGAGGAUAAUAAUGCUCCAGGAACAUCAACCCGAAACCACAAGGACCGUCAGCCCAUGCAGCGCCAGCUACGGAACCGUCCUCGGUCCUACGAUCCUCAUGCUUGGAAAGGACGCUGCAAGGAGCUGCUGGACCUCAUCUUUCAGUGUGAAGAUUCUGAGCCCUUUCGAGAACCUGUGGACCUACAGGAGUAUCCGGACUACCUGCAAAUAGUCGACUCUCCGAUGGACUUUGGCACAGUUCUAAAAAAGCUGACUGAAGGAAAUUAUCCGUCUCCCAUUGAGCUUUGCAAGGAUGUCAGACUCAUUUUCAGCAAUUCCAAAGCGUACACACCCAGCAAAAAAUCCCGGAUAUACAGCAUGAGUCUUCGGCUUUCUGCGCUGUUUGAAGAGCAUAUCAGCCCCAUCCUUUCUGAUUACAAGGCAAUCCACGGCAUGACGGAUAAAUUGACCAGACGAGGGACAGACAGACAGACGCGACACGGCGCAGACAGACAGACACGGCACACGACAAAGAGAAGGAGGAGCGAAUCACCCACGAGCAGCAAUGCAUCCAGCCCAGAGAGGAAAAGACGCGUAUCUUCCAGGGUGACCGCCAAGAAGGAGCCAUCACCAGCUCCGCCCCGGCCGCCUUCCCUCAGACAGCAUGUCCCUCUAAAGCAGACUCCACAGAUGGUCAACGGUAAAGCGGAUAACCCAGCUCCGGGACGGACGCGUAGUUCCGCACGCCACUUUGCACACUCAUCACCUCCUUCAUCGAGUAAUAUCACUAACAGCACACCGAGCACAGGAGAAUCUUCUCGCUCACUGCGGGCUCAUAAUUCUGUCCGAGCUUCAACGCCACCAGUUCCUGAAAAGGUCACGCCUCCUCCAGCAGCAGACAGUAGCGGUGGAAGCACUCGUCGGAAACUCAGGGCGCCCGUGCGACACACACCCGGUUCUCCUUCCAGCCCCCCGACUCAAAGUACGGCCCAUCUGAACGGACACGGCGGACACAUGACCUUAGGCGUGGGAAGAAGGGGGCGAAGGUCCAGAAUGGACUCACCGGUGAGUCCUCCAGAAGUCCUGACUCCAGCCAGCCCCUCGAGACCCCGAGGUCGACCGCCUGGCAAGAAGAAAGGCAAAAAGAGCAAGCAGGAACAGGACGAGUUGAGACGGAGUGGGAGUCGCCGGAGCUCCACACCGGAUGACGAGCUGGACCACUCCACAGGGGACGAAGGCGGCACGUCGUCCGCCCCGGAAACGUCAGCGCCGUCAGACUCCGGCGUGGCGGCGACACCUAGGCGACGAGGCCGACCGCGGAUAGUAAAAACGAAGGAAUCGACUUCUCCAGCCGAGUCGCCUGAGCCUUCGCCGCUGAGAAGGAGCAGCAGGAGAACCAAUGAGGACGCCACGCCUCAUCCCCAGACUUCCUCCGAGCGAUCGGGUCGGAAAGAGUCUCCAAAGGGCGACUCUGGAGAGGCGACGAUAGGGUCGAUGCGCACACGUAACCAAGGAAGGCGGUCCGCCUGGUACAUGGAAGAGGACUCAGAGGAGGAACAGAGGCAGUUGCUGUUUGAGGACUCGUCGAUCACUUUUGGGACGUCCUCAAAGGGGCGCGUCCGCAAACUGACAGAAAAGGCCAAAGCCAAUCUCAUAGGCUGGUAAAAAAAACAUAUGCACAAGCUCGAGUGCUCAGAGGGCCGAGAGUUCCCGGCGGGAUUUUCGGAUCGGAUGCUUUAGACCAAACGGAGGCUCAGUUGGCUGACGUUACGCAGAGCAAACUGUGCCAUUACCUGUUACCCUUCUCGUCAUUGACCCCACCUUCCUCUCUGCCCACUAAGCACUUUAGCACUGCAUGUUCAUAUGCUCCCACACCUCCUAUUCUAUUGAUCCAUGUUGGAUCCCACAGGAGCACACAGAAUCUCUCUGUGAAGGCGGUGUUUCUCACUUUGUCCGACGAACCUCUCCUCCGCCGGACCUUAAACACAGUUCAGAGUCAGAUUUGGACGGAAAGUAAAUCGGUGUGACCUACGCGAACAACUGGCCUAAGACCACAUAUUGUCCCCCUAACUUCAUCCUUUCUGUUUUUUAUACAACCUUUUCGUUGCUCUUUCUAAAAUUUCAUAUGAUCGUCCCUCUGAUUUGCAAGUCUUACACAUUGGCUGAGCUGAGCGUGUCUGUUUGUGCUAAAAUACCAAAUGGCGUACCUUUGUCGGUACUGUACAUCUGUACAUUUUGUGUACUGUUAAUGUGUUUUCGUUCUUUUCUGCAUGUUAAUUAGAGGGAGGAAGUGUCUUCUUCCUGAAAGCUUACUGUGAGGUGGAAAAAUAUGAUGCAUGAGUGAAAGGAGUCAUUGAUGCGCUUGUAUAUCAUUUCGGAAUGCGUCCUCUGCAUUAGCAAUACCUUGUGCCUUUUACACGUAAGGUGUGUGGGUGUGCAUGUGUGCUAUGUCUCUACAUGUGCCUGUUUGUCUAAACUUGCAUUUCGCAAGUACAGUUCCAGUCGUACGUUUGCAUCCAGUCAUCAUGGGCGUUAAUGUCAUCUUAAUUUGGGGCACCUCACAUUGUGGGUGAAUUAACAUGCAACUUGAAUUCAUUUCAAAAACAAGAAUUUGGAGCAAUUUUCGAUUUUUUUUUUAACAGUUUUUUUUUUUUUUUAAAUCCACACAGGUUUAAAGUUAUACAUACCGGCUCAAACCUGAUUAACGGGUGGGAGAAGUUUCUGGCGUAAUUUUAGCGGAUCGUUUGGCCAGACUUUUUUGUAGAAUUUGUAGUUUGGUUUCCUCCCAUGAAACUUUGAAAUUAACAGCUACUGCUAAGCUCUGAAAUAUUCAUACACCUGACAGGUUUAGAUGUAAAAUCAUCUCAUGUAACCAAGAAUGUAGGUAAACAAGGAAUUGUUUCCAACAGGAAAUGAGGCGGCCAUCUCUCAAAAGAUAGAAUCAUUUUUAGCCUCAGUGUGCAGUUGGUUUCUUAGCAACUAAAAAAAGGGGAUUUCACUAAGUGCAAGUGGAGCUGAACGAUACGUAUUUAACCUUAAACGUGUAAUUUUCUAAAUCUACAAUAAUUUUCCACUUGUGCACCAGCUCUUGUGUUUAGUUGUAGAAAUAUUUCGGCACUUCGUCAUUCAUGCCCAUUGUGAGUGGAUGUAAACAUCUGGCUGGCAACGGUGUGUGUGUGCUGGUGUGUGUGUGUGUUGGUUUUAACACAACCGAGUGCAGGCUUUACCUGGAGCGUACAAACAGUGGCAUACAGCUCGAUGGUUGCGGAACUGCUCAGAGAAAUGACUUCAGAGCUGCUGAGGAGAAUUAACCCGUCGAUGUAUCCGACCCCGCGGUACAGAGAGUGGUCACAAGCUUUCAGAUGCGUCUCGAAGACAAGUUUGAAAGAAUGUCGAGACCCUUUUAUGGCGACGGCAUUCACUUUUCACAUACAAGUCUGUCUCGUAGGUUCUUGCAACUUUCUCGCGAUUUGGAAAGCCAAACAGCGGGCAGUGGAGGGAAACCGGAUGGAACUGCAUUUUUCUGGAAGAACAGCUUCACGUUUCUGAUAGUGUGCCUUUGCUAUUCUGGCAUAGUGAGUCCUGUUUGGUUUUGUUUUCCUUAUGGGGCCUUGUUUUAUCAUUUCGCAUUUGGACUUCUUGUUUCUGCUCAUUUCUGUGUCCUGAGAACUGGACUUUGAGUUCAUGGGGGAAAAAAACAAACCAUUGUAACUUUGGACUCGCUUUCCGCCACACGUAAUGGGUACCGAGUUUAUAAAGGCGCGUCCGUUCCCGGUAUUUUGUUUCUCCUCCAGCACAGAAUGCCAAAAUGUGCGAGUUUCAUCACGUGUUGUGGGACCGACUGGAUGCUAGCGUCGACACACACCUGGUUCAUCUCAUAGCUCACGUAUUACUGAACAUAUAUCCUGUUUGUCAUUGUUUUGUUUUGUUUUUUUAAAAAGAAAAAAAAUAGGUGUGUCAAUGCCAAAUUCUAUCUGUGGGCACUGAAGUUUUAGAACAUGGCUUUUGAAUGUGUUUUCUAACUAACUUUAAUUGUCUCCACUGUGGAUGUUCAUUUAUAUAUGAUGUGCGUUACGUGUCUUCUGUCUGUCUCCCUGCCAUACAAGAGGACACAUCAAUGGAUCGAUCCAUGGAGAUAGAAUGAUGCUUUAUGCUCUGCCACGCAUACGAGGAUUUUGUUGUUUUUCUUCUUUUUUUGUUUUUAUAAUGUCCUCGUGAAAGUUUAUGUUAAAUCUGAAAGGGCCAAAAACUAGCGACUGUUUUUUUUUCUCAACAGGGUCAGACAGAAUCUGUUUUCCGAUUGAGGUUUCAAUCUUUACCCAUGAAAGUAUUUAUUUGGAGUGCAGGAUUUAGUUGGCUUUAAGUGUUAAUUCAUGGCUUUUUAAAAUAAUAACAAUAAUAAUAUUACUUUAUAACAACUUUAUGUGCACAUAAAGUUGACAGACUUAUAAAAAUCUGUUGCUACCACUGGGAAAGAUGUGUAAAAACCUUAAAAAUAAAUACAUCUAUUGUUGCUGUGGUAUAAUCUCACACAUUUUGCUGCUAGUUUUUUAUCAGAUUUAGUCCCAUGGGCUGAAACGUUCAAUGAAGUAUUGAUUCAAUGCUUUGUGAAUCACUUCAGUGUUGACCUGGCAACAUGCUGAGGAUCAUUUUGCCAGCUCAAACAUGGCUCUUUCUCUCUCUCUUUUUUUUAAAGUUUAUUGGGACACACCAGCAGAUUUGAUUUCAAAUUAUUCUGGUUUUGCACAAGAAUAAGGCCCACAGCAUAACAGCCCCUCCAGCGGUUCCCACAUACUCGUCCUUUGGUUCAAACCCAAUUGAAGUAAAAUAGCAAGGGUAAAAUUUUUAUGUUUGUGUUGGUUGGACAAACGUUUUUUUUGUUUUGUUUUUCUGGUUCACUCUUGGUUGCCAUUAUCAGAUGUUGGUAACAAAUAAUAUACCAUCACUGAUUUUCUCAAUAAUCACUUCUAAUGGGAUUGUUUUCCUACUAAUUGAAUCUAUAUUUCAAAAACACUGUGUGAGAUUAUAAACCUGCAAUGAAAGCUUAUUUUAGGUGUUUCAUCCAUCUUUACCUGGGGUACCAAUAAAUCUGUCCGAAUGCACAGAUUAACUAAUCUACUGACCUGCGGUUCUUUACUUUGAGAUGUGGGGCCUACGUUUACGCCGGCCCCCUUAAGACACGUCUGUCGUUUUAAAUCCCUGGUUGGGCGGUUCAGAACUGCACUUGAGAAAUGUAUGUUUUCAUGAGAACAUUGAUUUAUUCAAUAUGAGUUAUGUUUCUGUCAGUGUGUGGCAGAGUCAUGCUGCUUGUGGCGCCUGCCUGAAGCAUCAGUGUGUGUGUGUGUGUGUGUGUGUGUGUGUGUGUGUGUGUGUGUGUGUGUGUGU